AACAAAAGUGAUAACAACAAAACAACGUGCUUUCUGUUGCGGCUUUGAAAUUUGAAGGCGCUGUAAUUUUUGCAAUUUUGCGCAAAAAUGGACAUUGAGAACGCAAUCAACGGGACGUACUUCGACAGCUAUGAAGAUUUGGAGAUCCACCGCAUCAUGCUGACGGACAAGCCGCGCCAGGACGCGUACCAGCAGGCCAUCCUCGGCCACCGCGAUCUGUUCGAGGGCAAAACCGUGCUGGACGUGGGCGCCGGAACGGGCAUUCUGUCGGUGUUUUGCGCCCAAGCCGGCGCGAAACGGGUCUACGCCGUUGAAGCGUCCAACCUGGCUCGACUUGCGCGAGAGGUCGUCAAAGAGAACGGGUUUGAGGGGGUCGUUGAGGUGGUUGAGAGUAAGGUGGAGGAUUUUCAGCUGCCGGAAGGUGAGGGGAAGGUGGACAUUAUCGUUUCGGAGUGGAUGGGAUUCUUUCUGCUGCACGAGGGCAUGCUGGAUUCGGUGAUUUACGCGCGGGACAAGUUUUUGAAGCCGAGCGGGUUGAUGUUUCCGGAUACGGCCACGAUUUAUGUGGCUCCGUGCAGCGUGCCGGGCAGGUUCGACGAGUUUGAGAGCUUGUCGGGGGUGAGUUUGCGGUGCUUUGGGCGGGAGUUGCGCAAGCAAAAGUCGGACAAGCCGGAAAUAUUGAACGUGGGGGAUCAGCUGCUUCACGAGGGUCACAUCAUGGCGUGGUUGGAUCUGAAGGAGGUCAGCACGGACGAUUUGAACGAGUUCGACAUGAAGGAGGUGCUGAUCAUCCAGAGGGCGGGCAAGUUCCAGGGCGUUUGCAUUUGGUUCGACUGCAGCUUUCCCAGCGGGAACGCGAGCGAACCGACGAAGGAGGUGAUCCUGAGCACGAAUCCCAACAGUCCGGCGACGCACUGGAAGCAGAGCGUGAUUUUGCUGCCGGAGGAUGCGUGCGAGACGGUGGACAAGCUGGACCCGAUUGCGUUCAGUUUGAGCUUGGCGCGGAAUGCGGAACACCGACGAAGAUACAACCUGCAGCUGACGCUGCUGGACGCGGAAAAGGAAGAGCACAGCUUACCUUGCGAGUGCGUAAUGACCAAGUGCAUCCUUAUGAAGGCCCACCUGCAGUCGAUGGAGGUUGAUCAAUAAAGAGCGAGUGUUUUAAGACGAA